AUGGCAUCGAAUGAUGUUGUUACCAAGAAAGCCGAUAUAUCUGAAACGCCACAAGUAGACUUGGAAGCGGAGAGUAGCAGCCCAGACGAGAAAGAUUGGGUAUAUAAAUCGGACAGAGCAGAGUCUGCUGAGCUUACGCAAGUGGAGGCAUUCAGUUGGAAUGUUGAGGGAGACCAAUCACCUUUCCCCGAAGUCGCCGCAUGUGUUUCGAACAAAGAUGACUCGACCAUCAAAUGCAACACCUUCACUCGCAAUCGGCUAUGUUGUGGCCCAAAUCCUGGUGUUCCCUAUUGGUCGGGCAUGGGAGAAGUUGCCCAUAUGGACUGUGCCUCUAUGGAGAUUCUCAAUCCUGGGAAAUUCACUGUGACGGAGCAAGCGUUUAUUGUGAUUUGUGUCAAUAUCAGCGCUUCCAUCGCCUACGCGCUGGGCUCAAUGGUGGCGAUCGAGAGUCCUGUAUACUGA